UCCAAACCAACUGUCCACAACGGUCCAAAAAACUUCGAUCUAGCUUCAUAGAACAGGCUUUUUUCUCCAUUGUCAACCUCAUGUACUUGUGCCAACAAUGGAGAACUAGUAGCCAUGGCUGUGCACUUCACACAGUCCUUUUACGAAGUAGAACCCUAGCUAUAUGGCAUAGAGCUUUCUGAACUUACACCAACUUUUAUGUGGUGUCUAAUGGAAA